AUGCGGCGGGGGGAGCGCGAUGAGUGGAGCACGCCGCUGCUAGAUUCCAGUGAAGGACUGUCAGAAACGAACCGAAUCUCGGAGCCAUGGUACACCUGGCCUGUGGGGCUGGGGGUCAUCUUCCUGGUUGUGUGGGGCGCUGUGAUGGUGGUGGGCGUCUUCGACAAAGCUGGCUCUGAAACAGAGUUCCCAGCUUGUGAGUGGGACAGGGCCACGGCUGAGUGCACACUUGGUGCAAAAGGAAUGGAGCAGUGCUUCCAAUUGUCCAAGGAGUCCAAUGGUGCAAACGUGCAUCCCUGGAUUGAGUUGUUGGAGUGCAUACAGCAGGAAUCCAACGAAGAUUGUGACGCCCACCAAGAUUGCUUCUGGGACUCUGGAGAGCAAACCUGCAAGUCUGAGACGUUUGCUUACUGCAUGGGUGCUGGGGUGGAGCUGCCACGACGCUUCAAACCCCGCACCAUGCUCACGCUUGACGAUCCUCAGUGUGGCACCGUGGGCGAGUACUCUGCGAUGCUACAGGCAUGUGGGGAGCUGGAUACUAAGCCACACUGCCACAAUAUCAGCACCUGUGACUGGGAUGAGAAUGAAAGCCGUUGUGUUGUCAGUGACGAAGCGUUUGCUCAUCUGGCCUUUGGAGGCGAUGGCAACAGUGGUGAGACCAAGUUUCUCCAUCUAAGGGCCAGCUGCAGGCACCGGGUGGACGAGGCUGACUGCGCGCUGGUGCCGAUGAAUGAAGAGGGGAUGCUGAAUGCCACAGCGACCAAAGUGCUGCCAUUGAUGGCAGCCCUGCGUCCUGUUGGAUGA